GGAAUUUCCUCCUCGCCAGAUCUGGCGCAUGCGCAUAUGCAAAAUGAAUGCGGACUUCGCAGCACUCUCAAUAUUAAAUUGUUUGAUGGCCAUUAAAUUGAUCAGUCAUGUCGAAAGCACCAUCUCAGCCCGGUUCUUCGGGUGUCGCCGCUAAUCUUAGACCUUCAUCGUCCUCCUCGUGCUCCUCUCCCUCCGCAGGCGGCACGACGUCCCCCUCUAACGUGUUGCACGUACAGCCCGAGAAGCCCCAGCACUACACAUACCUGAAGGAGUUUAGGACAGAGCAGUGUCCCUUGUUUGUGCAGCACAAGUGCACCCAGCACCGUCCCUUCACCUGCUUCCACUGGCACUUUCUAAACCAGAGACGGCGGAGGCCAAUCCGCUGGCGAGAUGGAACCUUUAAUUACAGCCCUGAUGUGUACUGUGUUAAAUACGAUGAGGGCACAGGGACGUGUCCCGAUGGAGAGGAGUGUCCAUUUCUGCACCGAACAGCUGGAGACACAGAGAGGCGGUAUCACCUGCGCUACUAUAAGACUGGUUCCUGUAUACAUGAGACUGAUGGGAAGGGCCACUGUAGUAAGAACGGUCCUCACUGUGCCUUUGCUCACAGCUCCCAUGACCUCCGAAGCCCUGUCUAUGACAUCAGAGAGAUGCAGGAAUUAGAUGCUCAAGCUGCCACAGGAUUGGUUGAGGGGCCAUCUGGAGAAGGACAGUCAGGUGUUGUGGCCAGCACUGCACUUAUAGAAAAGAUCCUGAGUGAAGAUCCACGCUGGCAAGACAACAGUUUCGUGCUCUCCCACUACAAGACAGAGCUUUGUAAAAAGCCGCCACGGCUGUGCCGACAGGGCUAUGCAUGUCCCUACUAUCACAACAGCAAAGACCGCAGACGGAGCCCUCACAAACACAAAUACAGAGCCCUGCCGUGUCCCUCAGUCAAACACAGUGACGAGUGGGGAGACCCCAGUAAAUGCGAAAGCGGAGAAAGCUGCCAGUACUGCCACACGCGGACAGAACAGCAGUUUCAUCCAGAGAUCUGCAAAUCCACCAAAUGCAAUGACAUGCAGCAGAGUGGCAACUGUCCCAGAGGGCCGUUCUGUGCUUUUGCACAUUUAGAAAAAUUCAGUGUCAGUGAGGAGCAGCUGGCUUCACAAUGCAGUUCACCUCUUCUUGCAACUUUCUGCCCCGCCCCAUUAGAAGACUCCACCCACAGUGGCCCCAGUGCCACCACAGAGGAAGGGCUGCUGGGACGCAUUCUGUUUAAGGAUUUCUCCAGCAUUGAAGCCGGCCCAGGAGGAGAGGGUGGUUAUGGGAAAGCCCCCGGUUUUGAGAGGGAAGACCAGCUAUACUAUAGGAAUGUUUAUGGACUGGACCCAUUCACUUUCAUUGCCAAACAGAAAAGUUUUGUAAUGGAUCAGCGCAGCAGAGAAAUCUUUUCCAUGCACAGCAAACAGUUUCAGGAUUUAUUAGUGUUUCUACCUGUCGGCAGUCCUCUUAGUAUGUCCUCCAGUGUACCCUCCAGCCGUGCAGCCACCCCACCCAGCCCUGCACCACCUGGUCCCUCUUCUGGCAUGAACGCCAACGCUCUUCCCUUCUACCCCACAAGUGACACGGUGGAGUCUGUAGUGGAGUCUGCACUGGAUGAUCUGGACCUGAAUGACUUUGGAGCCUCAGCUAUUGAGAAAAGUCUGGAGAGUUCCAGCCUGCUGAGCAUGGGGCUCAUGUUGGGAGGCAGUCAGUUACAGAGUUCAGCACCUGUCAACAUUCCUGGCUCCUUAAGUAGUCCCUCCCCUUUCAGAUCACCCUCACCUUCUCCACCAAUCAGAGCUCACCACUCUCCAUUCCUCUCUGCACAGCUGUCACAACCCAGCCAAUCAGAAAGCAGCUUUUUGGGGUCCUCCCAUGGUUCUUUAGGUUUAAAUGGAAUGAGCAGCAGUAUUUGGGAAAAUUUUCCUACAGGUCAGAGUUCCCCAGGUACCCCCCCUGCUCUGCUCUCCAUGGGGAGCAUGUAUGCUGAAGCGUCCCGUCUCAAACAGGAAGUGGAGGAGGCACACAGGGUGCUGAAACACUGGGACCACAGCUGGAGACAGAUGGCUCAGUCAUGGGCAGUCUUAAAAACAGAUGCGGAAGAGGAACGUAUUCUGGCGGGGCAGCUGAGUAUGGAGGCCGAACGAGCACGGCAGGCUGAAGAGGAGGCGCAGCAGCAAGCUGCUCUCUUGGAGGAGGUGCUAGAGAGGCUACGGCAUUCAGAAAACCCACAUCUACAGCUUCACCAGCUGCAGUUACUGCACAGAUUACCACUCAGCUCCAUCUGCAGCCUGCAAGCCCAGAUCUGCACCUGCUUACGCACUGUAGAACAGGCUGUGUUCAGGAAGCAGAGAUUAUAUUGUAUAUCUUGUGACAAGUUGGGCUCACUGACGUUGCCAUGCCAACACGGCCUGCUCUGUGAGCGAUGUGCAGCCUCAACAGAAUGCCCGCUGUGCACUGAACACCAGCAGAGCCUGAAUAUCCCAGAGUUAUAAACUGAGACUUAAUUCUAAUCUAAUAUAAUUCAGACACUAUACAUGAACCCUCAUCCUUCACAGUAUUUUCGCUCUCACUUCGGUAUUACAAUGAUCUAAUCAAUUUGAACAAAACUAGGGCUAAAAAUUUCCCACACGGCUGUUUUGCUGGUUUUUUGUUUUUUGUUUUGUUUGUUUUUGUUUUGUUUGUUCUUUUCUCUGAAAGCCACGUAUACUGGUAUAACAGACUUGACCCCGGUCUUAAUUUGACCCAAAACUAGAAGAAUGGAACCUUCUCUGCCGUAUUUUGGCUUCAACACUUUUUUUUUCUUUAAGACAUUUUAAAUCGGAAUGUGGAAUGUCCUUCCAGAACCAUCCAUGAACAUUCCGAAAUGUUCACAGAUGAAAUGCAGUUGUUAUAUCUAAGGUGCAGCAGAAGUGACUUGUCAGGCCGAGGAAAUUUUGUAAUCAAUACACAUUAGCGUAAUAGGUAGCCAUAGAGGAAAUUGACCAUUACUUUUGUAGGACUUUUUAAGUAUAAAUUCCAGGGGUGUUCUACAGA